AUGGACGCGGACUAUCAUCACGUGGUUGAUGAUUGUGAGGAAGCAUGGGUCGCAUGGGCGCGUUUGAAGACGCUUUACGGUGGAUCGCAGAAGGCUGGGCGCAUCUUUCUGAAGCGCCAGCUGUUCAGUAUGGAGAUGAAGGAAGGCGGCAAUGUGAUGCAUCAUUGCAACGAGGUUCUCAACAUCAGCGCAAAGCUGGCUAGCAUCGGCGCCAAGAUGUAG